UCCAUAUAAUAUGUUCAAAUGAUUUUGCAUCACAGAUCGAUAGAUAGAACUUUGAAAUAACAUGCAUUACAAUGAAUUAAUGUGCAUGGAUGCUGCAUAUACAUCAAUACAUGUCCAAAUUCCAAAGUCUCCGAGUGCUCUAUCCACUGAACUUUUCCUCAUUUGCAUUGAAUGAUGCAAAAUGAAACAAGAGGAGGGCUUUGAUUCGGUCGAGAAAGAAACCUCAUGCCCUCCUCCUCCCUCUCUCCCUCGCUAUCUGACUUUCAGCUUCACUUUUUAGCCAUGCAAUCACGGGUUACCUCUGAAAACUCUGCUCUGAGUUCAUCUUUCAGCUGCCAAACAACCUACUCUUCUUGAUUGAUGAUAUUGGAAAGAGCCGUGAAGCAAGCUCUGCCUUGUCUUUCUGGUAAAUCUGCAUUUUUUAUGAAUUUGCCCUUCAUUUGGUUUCAUCUUUUAACACUGGGAAACUUCUCAAAUGGAGUGCUUCCAUUUGUUUUUUCUCUCUAGAUUUUGAUGGGUUCCUCUUGUUUUUCCCAGUGUUUUAAGCAAUACAUGAAAAACCAUUUCUUAAUCCCUCUUUACUUCAGAACCACCCAUGUUUCUGAAUCAGUUCAUGCACUUCCUUAAAUCAAAUCACACAUUCAGGAGGAGGACCCCUUUUGCUUGUGUUUUCUGAAGCUCAAUGAUGCACAGAAUUUCAAUGGCGGGCUCGUGUUUCAGCCCAUUUCGGCUUAGAAAAUCCAAGGGAAAACCGUUUUCAGUGCCUUCCUCUUCGAUAUCUAAAAUAGACUCUGACUUGGAGAGCAUGGAAAGGAAGAGAUUUGACAGUUUGGAGUCAUGGUCGAUGAUAUUGGAAUCUGACAACGUUGAAACUUGGGAGGCAUCAAAAGAAGAUCAAGAGGAAUGGACGGCGGAUCUUUCGCAGCUGUUCAUUGGCAACAAGUUUGCUUCAGGAGCACAUAGUCGGAUCUACAGAGGAAUUUACAAGCAGAGGGCAGUUGCAGUGAAAAUGGUGAGGAUUCCAACCCACAAGGAGGAGACCAGAAUUUUGCUGGAACAGCAAUUCAAGUCUGAAGUUGCCUUGCUUUCACGACUCUAUCAUCCCAACAUAGUGCAGUUCAUUGCAGCCUGCAAAAAGCCUCCAGUGUACUGCAUCAUAACAGAAUACAUGUCACAAGGAAAUCUAAGGAUGUAUCUCAACAAGAAAGAACCAUACUCGCUUUCAAUUGAAACAAUUUUGAGGUUAGCCCUUGACAUAUCUCGAGGAAUGGAGUACCUUCAUUCACAGGGGGUGAUCCACAGAGACCUUAAAUCAAAUAACUUGCUUCUAAAUGAUGAGAUGCGUGUUAAGGUUGCAGAUUUUGGCACAUCAUGCCUAGAAACACAAUGCAAAGAAUCGAAAGGAAACAAGGGAACUUACCGUUGGAUGGCCCCCGAGAUGAUCAAGGAGAAACCUUACACACGUAAGGUCGAUGUGUAUAGUUUCGGGAUUGUGCUGUGGGAGCUCACUACAGCUUUGCUUCCAUUUGAAGGAAUGACUCCUGUGCAGGCUGCAUUUGCUGUGGCUGACAAGAAUGAACGGCCGCCACUACCUGCUAGUUGUCAGCCUGCACUCGCGCACCUCAUAAAACGCUGUUGGGCAGCAAACCCCUCGAAGCGACCAGAUUUUAGCUACAUUGUGUCUACUCUGGAGAAGUACGAUGAGUGUGUGAAGGAAGGCCUCCCACUUCCUGCUCAUUCGGUGCUGGUUAGCCGUAAUGUCAUUCUUGAGCGCUUGAAAGGCUGCGUUUCCAUGAGCUCUUCCAUACCUGUACAUGCAUGACAGCCGAUGUACCUUCCAUAGGUUAGUCAGUUAAAGAUAUGCUGUACAUAUUUCAUGUUCUUUUUUCCAUGUCUGGUCGAGAAGAAGAUGUCUGAAAGAGUGUUUGGCAUGUCUAGCCCUCUCUUUCAAUUCACUUCUAUUCAAUUGCAUGCCCAUGCCACGCCAGUGUCGUCUAAUGAAAGCCGAGUAGGCUUGGGAUGACGUACCUUUGUGGACACCCACUACAGUGUCUGUUUUCGUGACAAAAAAUUUAACUCGAAUCUGAUCCAUCAAUAAUUGUGUUAGAAAAGAAUUCGAACCUGAAAACCCAAGGUAGCUCACCUCCCCAGGCCAACCCCGUGGGAGAAGGCUGAGUAGACUUGGAUGGUAGGGACGUGGGUCCUCCAUGUCCACGCCAACAGUCAAUCAAAGUUCUGGCCAUCGACAGACAGUUAUCUCGAGUUGAUGAGCCCAGGGACGAACUCUCACUCUCUGCUGGCAAUCACUUGGUGUCAAAUUUAGCAACUACCAUCUUCUUCAGGUUUCUAUUUUAGACUCGAAACAAUUAAUGUACAGAUAUGGAUGAUGCAUAUAUAGGGUUUGUUGUUAACAUGGUUCUAAUUGAUACCCAUUACAAAUGGUACAUGUUUCAUCUGUAUAUAUAUUGGGGUUUCUGGGAAUUAAAACUUGUACAAUGUUGUCUAAACCAUGGAUCAGAGAGGC